GCGGGGUUUUCCCGGUCCGGUUUGUACGCAGUAAGACAGAAGUGUGUGAGCGUGUGUGUGUGCGCGCGUGUGCUGAGUGUAUGUUUGUAAGAAUGUGUGUAUGAGUGUGUAUGCGCAUUAGGAUUUUAUUUUAUAUAUAAUCAAGUGUAAGGUGUAAAUGGGUAACGCGCAGAAGAAGAGCGCAGGCAGUUCCGGGGUCGCGAGCCCAGCGCGCGGCAGAGCUCGCGAGGGAAGUCCCGGAAGUCCGGCGAAGAAGGAGACGUCGGCGCUCGCGAACGGCGCUCACGCUGCGGAGAUGGCCGGGGACGCGGCGGAGACCGGAAGCGCAGGGACGCACGGGGCGAACCUCGACGCCCCCGCCGGGGAUCUGCCCCCGGCGCUCGCGCGCCUCAAGAACGAGGGCAACUUGCUGUUCAAGAACGGGCAGUUCGGGCACGCGCUGGAGAAGUACACCCAGGCCAUAGAGGGAUACAAACAGUCAGGUAUCGACAGCCCUGAGGAUCUGUGCAUUUUGUACUCUAAUAGAGCUGCUUGUUAUCUUAAAGAUGGGAACUGUACAGACUGCAUUCAGGACUGCAGCAGUGCUCUGGAGCUCCGCCCCUUCUCUCUGAAGCCCCUCCUCCGCAGGGCGAUGGCUUAUGAGGCUCUGGAGCGCUACAAGAAGGCGUAUGUAGAUUACAAAACCGUCCUGCAGAUUGACUCCAGCAUGCAGGCGGCUUAUGACAGUGUAAACAGAAUCACAAAGCAGCUAAUAGAGCAGGAUGGUCCUGACUGGAGAGAGAAACUUCCAGCGAUUCCUAAUGUUCCCAUUUCAGCACAGCAGCACCGAAAUGAAGAACCGAGCACUGAGGCUCUCCAGGCACGAGCAGCCAGAGCCGAACAGCAGAAGGCCAGGAAAGAUGAUGCGCGUUUUGCUCUGCUGAAGCAGGAAGGCAACGAUCUGGUGAGGAGAAGCGAGUUUCAGAAAGCAUUAGAGAAAUACAGCGAGUGUAUCGCUCUCAAACCCACCGAGUGCUCAAUCUACACCAACAGAGCGUUGUGUUUUCUGAAGCUGGAGCGUUUUGCUGAAGCGAGGCAGGACUGUGACUCUGCACUACAGAUAGAGCCAGACAACAAGAAAGCAUUUUACCGACGAGCGCUCGUUCACAAAGGCCUCAAGGACUUCCUGUCGUCUAGCUCUGACCUGCAGGAGGUUUUGCGUUUGGACCCAAACGUUCGCGAGGCUGAACAGGAGCUACAGGAGGUCACGGUUCUGCUGAGGGAGAGUCUACUGGAGUCCAACACUCAGGGAUGAGGACGAGGAAACCACCAUGAGAAACUCAGAACAGCUGCACAUGUCUUCCUGCAGAAUGAUAACCAGCUUCAGCUCACACACACACACACACACAUAUACACACACACAGUCACACACUCACACUCACACACACACACACACA